AUGUCGAACAAAUACUCCUUCACAGACGUCCUGCCCCUCCCGAAUUCGUCGGUCAAGAUCCCUCGUCUCGGGUUCGGCGUCUAUCGCUCCCCAGCUGAGCAAACCAAGCAGUCGAGCCUUAAGGCACUUGAAGCGGGAUACCGGCACAUAGAUACCGCGCAAUUCUACGCGAACGAGAAAGAGGUCGGCGAAGCGAUCCGCGACUCCGGUCUUCCGCGCAGCGAGGUCUUUGUGACCACAAAAAUUCUUAGCCCGGCCGGCUCGCCCGAGGCUACCUAUAAAAAACUCCUCGAAAGCGUGGAUAAGAUUGGCGGCAAGGAUGGAUACGUGGACUUGUUCCUGAUUCACAGCUCUAGUUCCGGGUCGUCGGGCCGGAAGGAAUUGUGGCAGGCCCUGGAAAAGCUGCUGGAAGAAGGCCGGACAAAGAGCAUCGGAGUCAGCAAUUUCGGCGUGAAACACAUCGAGGAGAUGAAGGCGUAUGCGAAGGUGUGGCCGCCACACGUGAACCAAAUUGAGCUCCACCCUUGGAACCAACAACGAGUGAUCGACGAGUACUGCAAGAAACACGGAAUCAUUGUCGAAGCCUAUUCCCCCAUCGUUCGAAACUAUAAGGCGAACGACCCUACCCUUGUCGAGCUGGCAAAGAAGUACAACAAGUCGACGCAACAGGUCCUGAUACGCUACGCAUUGCAGAAGGAAUGGGCCCCUUUACCGAAGACGGAUAAUCCCGAGCGCAUUGUGUCCAAUGCCGAUGUUUUCGACUUUCAUAUUUCCGAUGAAGAUUUCGCAGUACUGGAUGGACUGGAUCAGGGAGGCGCUGGAGCCAUUGUAGAGGCUGUUGAGAAUGAGUAG